GCGACAGUACGCCGCCUCUCCUCAGGCCGUUUUGCGCACGCGCUAACCGUGGAGUCCUUGGCUGCGCGAGCCGAGCGCUGUAGGUGAAGCGAUCUGUGUUCAGGACACGGACAAAAUGCAGACCUGGAAGCAGCUGUACCGCACCGUCGCUACGCGAGGUCAGCACCUGCCCUGCAAGCUGCAUGGAGCCACAGUAUUAUCUGUGAGAACAUAUGCUGACAAAGCACCAAUUGAUGCUGAUGUGACGGUUGUGGGCUCCGGGCCUGGAGGUUAUGUUGCCGCCAUCAAAGCUGCACAGCUUGGUUUCAAGACAGUAUGUGUGGAAAAGAACGCCACCCUCGGAGGGACCUGCUUAAAUGUGGGAUGCAUCCCAUCGAAGGCCCUGUUGAACAACUCUUACCUAUAUCACCUGGCGCAUGGAAAGGACUUUGAAAGCAGAGGCAUUGAAAUCCAGGGGAUUUCGCUGAAUCUGGAGAAGAUGAUGGCGCAGAAGAGCGGCGCUGUUAAAGCCCUGACAGGAGGCAUAGCACACUUAUUCAAACAGAAUAAAGUUACUCACGUUAAUGGGUUUGGAGCGAUUACUGGUAAAAACCAGGUCACUGCAAAGACUGUUGAUGGUGGUGAGCAAGUCAUUAACACUAAAAACAUCCUGAUUGCUACAGGAUCAGAGGUCACCCCUUUCCCAGGCAUUGAGAUUGAUGAGGACACUGUGGUGUCCUCUACAGGGGCACUGUCUCUCAAGAAGGUCCCAGAGGAGCUGAUUGUUAUCGGAGCUGGAGUGAUUGGAGUGGAGCUGGGCUCAGUGUGGCAGAGGCUGGGCUCCAAAGUGACUGCAGUAGAAUUCUUGGGACAUGUGGGUGGGAUGGGCAUCGACAUGGAGAUCUCCAAGAACUUCCAGCGUAUUCUUCAGAAACAGGGCAUGAAGUUCAAGCUCGGCACCAAGGUCAUGGGCGCUACCAAGAGACCUGAUGGCAAGAUCGAUGUGGCAGUGGAGGCUGCUGCUGGAGGCAAGAACGAGACACUCACUUGUGACGUUCUGCUGGUGUGUAUUGGCCGUCGCCCUUACACACAGAACCUUGGUCUGGAGAGUGUUGGUAUUGAACUGGACAGCCGUGGUAGGAUCCCCAUCAACAACCGUUUCCAGACCAAAGUGCCCAGCAUUUAUGCAAUUGGUGAUGUGGUGGCUGGGCCUAUGCUGGCACACAAGGCAGAGGACGAAGGCAUAAUAUGUGUGGAGGGCAUGGCAGGAGGAGCCGUUCACAUUGAUUACAACUGUGUUCCUUCUGUCAUCUACACACACCCUGAAGUGGCCUGGGUCGGCAAAAAUGAGGAGCAGCUUAAGGAGGAGGGAGUUCCAUACAAAAUUGGCAAGUUCCCUUUUGCUGCUAACAGCAGAGCUAAGACUAAUGCUGAUACAGAUGGUUUGGUGAAGAUCCUGAGUCACAAGGACACGGACAGAAUGCUGGGAGCUCACAUCCUUGGAUCGGGGGCUGGUGAGAUGAUUAACGAGGCUGCGCUAGCCAUGGAAUAUGGAGCAUCGUGUGAGGAUGUUGCAAGAGUGUGCCAUGCCCAUCCAACUGUUUCAGAGGCCUUCAGGGAAGCCAACCUUGCUGCUUCAUUUGGAAAAGCUAUCAAUUUCUAGAUCAUCAUCAGAUAUAUGUAUAUAUUUGUCUGCUUCAUGACAGAUUUUGGACCUUUCACUGCGCUCAGUUUGGAGAUCCUCAACCCUCAGCUUUCAGAAGACCCCUUCAUAACUACAGUAUAACAUUACACUUACACUUAGUAUGUUAUUUAAAUGUUCUAAUAAAGGGUUUUGGGUCUUAUGUUGGGCUGAAAGUGUUUGACUCAUGAGUGCUACAUAUCUGUCAGUGUUGUUUACAGUUGUACUUAAAUGUCACAAGUCAACUGCUAACAGUAAUAAAGAGAGGAAGAGUCACAUUACACCAAAGAAUUAAAGUGGAACUCCAUGCAAAUUCAGUUACAUUAAAAGAAGCAGGAAACAAAAA